UGGAGUGCUCCCGUGUAAAUAAAAAGAGGAAAAAAAAGUUUCUCAAGUCGCCGCUGCACGACGUCGGGCAGGCGCUGGGGCGGGGGUCUGCGCUCUCCCGAGCGGCCGCGCGCUGGACUUUAUUGUGCCGCAACAAGCCCCGUUCCCAUUGUUUGUGUUUUUUUCAAAAUAUGGCAAAGGUUCAGGUGAACAAUGUAGUGGUGCUGGAUAACCCUUCUCCUUUCUACAACCCGUUCCAGUUCGAGAUCACCUUCGAGUGCAUCGAGGACCUGUCUGAAGACUUGGAAUGGAAAAUUAUCUAUGUGGGCUCUGCAGAAAGUGAAGAAUACGAUCAAGUUUUAGACUCUGUUUUAGUGGGCCCUGUUCCUGCAGGAAGGCAUAUGUUUGUAUUUCAGGCUGAUGCACCUAAUCCAGGACUCAUUCCAGAUGCAGAUGCAGUAGGUGUAACAGUUGUGCUAAUUACAUGCACCUAUCGGGGUCAAGAAUUUAUUAGAGUUGGCUAUUAUGUAAAUAAUGAAUAUACUGAGACAGAAUUAAGGGAAAAUCCGCCAGUAAAACCAGACUUUUCUAAGCUUCAAAGGAACAUUUUGGCAUCUAAUCCCAGAGUUACAAGAUUCCACAUUAAUUGGGAAGACAACACAGAAAAACUGGAAGAUGCAGAGAGCAGUAAUCCAAAUCUACAAUCACUUCUUUCAACAGAUGCAUUACCUUCAGCAUCAAAGGGAUGGUCCACGUCAGAAAACUCACUAAAUGUCAUGUUAGAAUCCCACAUGGACUGCAUGUGA